AUGAGGAAAGAAGGAAAAUCUGAACGAACACUUCUGCCGUGUGAAGUUUGCGGAAAAGCUUUCGAUAGGCCCAGUUUAUUAAAAAGACACAUGCGGACACAUACAGGAGAAAAACCACAUGUUUGUUCCGUGUGUAGUAAAGGCUUCAGCACGUCUUCCUCUCUCAAUACUCAUAGAAGAAUACACAGUGGCGAAAAACCACACCAAUGUCAAGUUUGUGGGAAACGAUUUACUGCAAGCAGUAAUUUGUACUAUCACCGAAUGACACACAUCAAG